CUUGAACAACAGCCUUCCUAGUGUUAUGCAGAGUGGAGGAAUCAGAUGACCACCGAGCCAAGUUACUCCUUAAUAUAAGAUGCAUCCAGACUUGUCAUCACACCUGCACACAGAGGAAUGCAACGUGGCAAUAAACCUUCUGAAGCAGUGUCACAACGAGAAUCGCUUUCUGAAGUAUCUUGGUCAGUGUAAUGAAUUUGAUCGAGAGAUGCGGAAGUGUUUGAAGAAAGAGUAUGAGGACAAAAGAGCUAAAAGCCGUGCCAAAUCGGAUCACAUGAAACAGAGGCUCCUAAAUGCUGAGAAACAAGCUGACAAUUGAAGAUUGUGUCCAGGAAUGGGUCACAUCACGUGGACACUUGCCAAGCCUUCAGGCGGCAUAUACCUCUGAGACAUCGGCUGUUAACAGCUUGUUUUUAUUGAACUGUUACUACCGAAAGUUUUUUUCUUUUCUUUUUUUUUUUUUUUGAUUGUGUGUGCAUUUCUUAGAAGAACGAUAAAUGGGGCUGACUUUUAUAUCUAACAAAAAGUAGGAAUUUCAUUCACUGUACCAGAAGAUCUGGAAUUAAAGAGAAUACAUUUAAAAGUAAAAUAAAAAUAAAUCCUUGACUCUAGUAGUUGGGUUUGACUAGCCUGAAGUCAUGUCCCAGACUGAUUCAUUGGCUCCAGUCUCUGCUUUUAGCACAAUGGCUCUUAAAUCUGAAAUGAGGAAGACCUGGCCCAUUACAGCCUUAUACAUUUGUGUUCUCCAAAAUGAGUUGCAGAACUCCACUCAAUUGGAUAGAUACAGUAGAGUAGAGCAGGGGGUAUUGAACUUGUGUUACUGCAAUUCAUGUUAAGUAAAAUUCCCAGCAUCCUUAGCUAGCUAACACAUUGACUUGCAGAAUAACCCGUGAGCAUGUAUCAUAAAUUCUCGUCAAGUAUUUGGCUGAUUUACAAAUGCUAAAUAAAUGUGCCAUUGGCUUUUACUUUA